UUUCCCUCGUUGUUGGCUACGCCAAACCAAUCACCCAAGAUGUAUUCCAUCUCUCGAUUUCUUUACCUUAGUUUUGGGGGUUUCCCUGCUGUCUUCGCCCAGCUGGAGACAAUUGGUGUUACAACUUCUGGAGUCACUCCCAUAAGUUCCGUCUCAUCGACGGUCAUCUCGACGGCAUCUUCAUCAGGAGGCUCGACUGUAUCGGCCUCCCCAUCGCUCAUUACCGCCUCAUCCAGUGUCAUCACUCCGGGGGAUCCGUUGGUGCUCACCACGGUGUAUACCCAACCUUCAGGAUGCGCGGGAGGGAUGACCGAAAUCCCAGCUUGGUCGACUGAGCUCUGGCAGAACAUUGUCAAUCCAGUUCCUACAUUGACACUCUCAUCCUGCUACCCCAGCCAAUUCUCCUAUAGUGCGGUGGCUACUAGUGUCUUGCCCCCGUACAAGCAGCUGGUAUGUCCGCAAGAUUGGGAGACUUACAACAUCACCGACACAUACAUUGUCUGUUGUCCCAGCAACUAUGGAGUAUAUAUGCCCAACUACCAGGACUCCACGCGUCCAGGUUUGGGCGCUAUCUGCACUUCUAGCAUCUGGCCCAACGUGCUGAUGGACAUCACCAGCUAUGAUACUGCGGGAUCGGCCACCGUCAUUCCCACCAUCGCUGGGGAUGAUGGAGCUCUCGUGUUUGCAACAGGAUUCGAUGGAACCAGAGCCACGGCUAUCGCCUCAUCCACCACGAUGGAAUCUUCCACCACAUCCCCUACCAGCACCACUUCGAUGCCUUCCCUCAGUGACACUGUCCCUGCGACGACCCUUCCCCCCCAAACGACCUCAGUCACCGCAACUCUAACCGCAAUCUCCCAGCUGCCUUCCUGCGGCCAAACCUGCUUCAACAACAUGCUCGCGCAGUACGAUAGUCUCGGCUGCACGACCUCCGACCCAUCCUGCCUCUGCCGAAACAUCAACUUCUACUACGGAAUCCGCGACUGCGCCAACGCUGCCUGCGGGACCGCCGCGGCGAGCACGGUUCUGGCCUUUGAGAGCGGAUACUGCACCUCGGCCAUAGCCGCUGAAACCACGUAUCCGGUGACCACCAGUAGCCCCACGACCAGUGCUGCACCCAGUGCCACCGCAAUCUCCGACCUCCCCACCUGCGGUCAGACCUGCUUCAACAAUAUGCUAACCCAAUACUCGUCCCUCGGGUGUAGUAGUCCGGACCCGGCCUGUCUGUGCGAGAACAUCAACUUCUACUACGGCAUGCGGGACUGCUCGAAUGCCGCCUGUGGCACCGAGGUGGCCACCACCGUUUUGGCUUACGAGAGCGUAUACUGUGCUUCUGCUACGGCGGCAGCUGCCACUGGCAAGUAA